GUGUGAGCAGUCGGUAACCAGGACAGUAACCGGGAAGGAGUUACUUUGUUGCGCAUUAAUUGAUUUUUUCCGCAAUCAGUUUUUGCUUCUUUGUAGGACUUGAAGUGCUCAUAAAAAGCGGUAGAAAGUUUGUCAUUAAAACCAAUUUGAAUUGAGGGAAAUCGGACAUCUAGGGACCUGCCUACCGUGGCUGGGGAAAACCCUGCAUGCAACAUUUCGCCGCCUGAACGACCCAUUAUGGAUACAUGAAACCUUUCACGAAGUAACGCGAAGUCAACAUGUCAACGAACCCCAACCACGGAACCCAUCAGCAAGCACCACCCUCAACCUCACCGAGGGAACGGGAACGGGCUACCAGCUCCUCACAGCGCAACCUGCUCGAGUUCCUGUGCAUUUGCGUUGCCUGCAUCGCCUGCUAUUACAACAGCACCCAGUGCGGCCUGGUCUUCGACGACAUCAGUGCGAUUAGGGACAACAAGGACCUGAGACCCCACACGCCACUGCGCAACGUCUUCCUGAACGACUUCUGGGGCACGCCGAUGCGAAAGGAGCAGUCCCACAAGUCGUAUCGCCCGCUCACCGUGCUGACGUUCCGCUUCAACUACUUGCUGCAUGCGCUGGAGCCGUUUGGCUAUCACCUCGUCAACCUGCUGCUGCACUUGUCGGUGUGCCUGCUGUGGCGUCGGGUCUGCCGGCUGCUGCUGCGCCAGUGUGCCUCGUCGGGCAGUAAUGCUACCUCGGCCCUAUCCUCAUCCUCAGUCUCCCAGCUCAACACAUGCGCCUUUGUGGCCUCGCUGCUCUUUGCCGUGCACCCAGUACACACGGAGGCCGUUACUGGCGUCGUCGGGCGCGCUGAAUUGCUCUCUUCCAUUUGUUUCCUGGCCGCCUUUCUCAGCUACGCAAAGUCCGUCGGCGACUCGGGCUGCCCUCGUCGGACAAAUUGGCUGGCGCUUUUCGCCUGCUUUGGCAGUUGCCUGCUGGCCUCCAUGCUGUGCAAGGAGCAGGGCAUCACCAUCGCCGGCAUCUGCGUGGUCUACGAGUUGUUCGUGGUGCAUCAACUGCGGCCGCUGCAUCUUUGCCACUUUGUACUGCGCCUGUUCGAGGAUCAGACUGAACAGCAGUCACCAAAGCUGACAAAUCCCUCGGGCAUCCGGCGAUGGUCCUCUUCGACGCUAUGGAAACGUCUGAUAUUCCUGGCCGGCAUUACGUUGGCCCUUCUGGUGGGACGCGUCUAUGUGAUGGGCUCCCAGCUGCCCAUCUUCACGCGGUUCGACAAUCCAGCCUCUGCAGCAGAUACGCCCGAGAGGCAACUUACCUACGGCUACCUCAUUUACCUGAACUGCUGGCUGCUGCUUUGCCCCUCAAUGCUCUGCUGCGACUGGACAAUGGGCACUGUCCCGAUGCUGCAGGGAUUUGCAGAUGCACGGAACUUGAUUACCAUUUUCACUUUCCUUGGUCUAGGAGCCUUGGUUGCCAAGGCUUGCUUCACACGAAAUCUGGCCCAAUCGCGGACGCUCAUUAUGUGCCUCGGCUGGAUGGUGCUGCCCUUCCUCCCAGCCUCGAAUCUCUUCUUUCCCGUAGGAUUUGUGGUGGCAGAACGCAUUUUGUACAUGCCAUCGAUGGGCUAUUGUCUGCUGGUGGCCUACGGCUUCGAGCAGCUUCAGCGUCGAGGGAGUCUCAGAUGGAGUCGCUUUGGACAAGCAACUCUAGCAAUCCUGCUCCUAACGCACGCGCUAAAAACGCAUCAACGCAACUCAGACUGGCGAACAGAGUAUUCCCUUUUCAUGUCUGGCGUGCAUGUUAAUCAGCGCAACGCCAAGCUGUACAACAAUGUGGGACACGCUUUGGAGAACGAAGGAAAGUUUGAAGAGGCCUUGCUCUACUUCCAGCAGGCUGUGCGCAUACAGACCGAUGACAUCGGAGCCCACAUCAAUGUGGGUCGCACCUUCAAUAAUCUCAAAAGGUAUGCCGAAGCGGAGCAGGCUUAUGUUCAGGCCAAGUCUCUGUUUCCGCAGGCCAAGCCGGGGGUCAGCUACCAUGCGCGCAUAGCCCCCAAUCACUUGAACGUGUUUAUCAAUCUAGCGAAUCUCAUAGCGAAGAAUCAAACGCGACUAGAGGAAGCUGACCAUCUGUAUCGCCAGGCUAUCAGCAUGAGGAGUGAUUAUGUUCAGGCUUACAUCAACCGCGGUGACAUCCUUAUGAAGCUGAAUCGCACAGCUCAAGCACAGGAGGUGUACGAACAGGCUCUGUUGUACGACAACGAGAAUGCAGAUAUAUACUAUAAUCUGGGAGUGGUUUUCCUGGAGCAGGGCAAGAGCCAGCAGGCACAGGUGUACUUUAACAAGGCAAUCGAACUGUACCCAGACCACGAACAGGCAUUGCUCAACUCAGCAAUACUCCUGCAGGAGCUGGGUGGCGAGGAGGCGCGCCGUGUGUCCCGCUCCCGUCUGUACAAAGUAUUGGCCAAGGAUGAUCAGAACGAGAAGGUGUACUUUAACCUGGGCAUGCUGGCCAUGGACGAGUCGAGCUUUGAUGAGGCUGAGCAGUUCUUCAAGAGGGCCAUACACCUGAAGUCAGACUUCCGUAGUGCACUGUUUAAUUUGGCUCUGCUACUGGCAGAUACAAAACGACCCCUGGAUGCGGUUCCAUUCUUAAAUCAGCUGAUUCGACAUCAUGCCUCGCAUGUCAAGGGUCUGAUCUUGUUGGGCGACAUUUAUAUCAACCACAUGAAGGAUCUGGACGCGGCUGAGAAGUGCUAUCGAAGCAUACUUCACUACGAUCCCCACAACACUCAGGGCCUGCAUAACCUCUGCGUGGUGUUCGUGGAACGCAAGAGGCUGGCCAAAGCCGCUGCCUGUUUGCAGUACGCCCAGCGCUUGGCACCCGCCGAGGACUAUAUCGGUCGGCAUUUGCAGAUUGUUCAUGCACGUUUGCAGAAAAUCAACAAGUUACCUGAGUCGGCGGCAGAGCGGAAGCUUGCGUACGAGGACUAUGACCCCCUUGAGUUCAAACUGCCCCAGGAUCGACCCUCGCACAAGCCGCGUAAACGAUCGUAGCAGAAGUAAGCGCGACUUAAAGAUCAGUAUAAGCAUGUAAAAAGACAAGAGUUUGGUUGAUGGAGCGAAAGGUUCCACAUUCUGUGAAAUAUACGGAGUCUGAUAAAGAUAACACAAAGUGAAAAAGUGGUGCACUCCACAUAAUUCCGUUGUACUUAGUUAUUAUCCCAAUACUUCGAUUAUAUACUCAUUUUGAAGAUA